AUGGGAACAAAUAAUACAUCUAAUAAUAAUGGCACUACGAAGAAAAUGUCCCUAGAAGAAUUUCUAGGGAACGACACUUUAGGCGAGUCAGUAUGGGAUGAGGAAGAUAUUAAUUUGGAUGCUAUAAGCAAUACUACGAAUAUUGACAUCUUGAAACAAACCAAGGCAGGCGAACAUCAACGUGAUGGUCACCAACAGCACCCACACGGUGGUCAUGGACCCAUGAACAGAUCACGUUUUUCUAAUGCAGGGCCUUUUGGUGGUGGUAGCAUGGGGGACUUUGCAAAUCAUCACCACCCGCUGCAGCAUCAGCAAGGUCCUCCUUAUAUUGUGAAGUUUUCUGAUUUACCACCGAGAUUUUCCAACUUUGACAUUGAAGAUCUUUUUCAAGCAAAGUUUACCAAGUUUAUUAAGUUCAAACUGUUUUGGGAGAUAAAUAAAAAUCCAAGUAUUUCUACUUUGAAAUCGGGGUCAAUCUUUGAUCAAAAUUUCAAACGUGACUCGAAGGUAGCAUUUGUCGAGUUAUAUACAUCCCGUGAUAUGGACAAAAUUUUGAACUAUUGGACCACUCCUUUGAAGGAAAUUUACCACAUUACAACAGCGCCCGCAGAAUUCGAAGAUUUUAAGGAUUACAGCACGAAGGUGAAAUUAUUAACAGACCCUAAAGACGAUGCUGGCAAACCAUUCAUUACUAAGACUCAGCGGUCAAAAUCCAAUCCUUUUGGAAGUGCUAAACCGGUUGAUACGCAAUCGAAGAUUUUGGACAUUGAAGAAAAAAUGGAAAAUUUACACGUGGAAGAUACAACAACCCUGAGGGCAUCAUUAAUCCCUAGUAGUGAUUCUAUGGCAACCACUGCAACAGGCAGCAAGAUCACAAUCUUGAAAAAGCAGACACCUACAGAGGAGGAAUCACAUUCUGCAACCCCAACUCCCAAACCUUUAAGUUACUCUGAAGUAGUUGAGAGAUCUGUGGUCAAUGAAACUUCCAAGAAAGGAACUCCAUUAAGCAAGCUUGACUCACCAGCUCUUGAACUACAAUCUAAGCCCGAUAAAUCGGACGAGUUCAAAGGUGGCGAUGAACAAGGCUUUGAGAAAGGUGGCGACGAUAAAGCUCAAUUAGAUGUCUCAAAUGAUAAAGAUAAAGGUUCAGAAACCGAUGUUGAUAAACAGUUCACUUUCAAGAAUGUGGAAAGGGAACAUAGUAUGAGCAGAACCAAAUAUAACGGAAACCAUAAUAACAAUAAUGGCAAUUUUAGAGGGAGUAAUAGAUAUCGUGGAGGCCCCAAUGGCAGCAGUUAUAAAGGUGGGCAUAACAAUCGUGGUAAUCGCGGCGGAUAUCGUGGUGGCAGCUCAUACAACAACAACAACAACAACACUAAUGAUAAUAAUAAUAAUAAUAAUAAUAGUAGUAGUAAUAAUAAUAACGGUUCAAGAUAUCAUGAUCGACAAAACAAUGAAGAAGGGUUAACCUCGGAUUCAUCUUUAGAUGCCUCAGGAAAUAAAAAGAAUGAUUUCACGAACUCAACAUCCAAUACACAACAAUAUUCCAUUUUCAAACCAGCAAGUGGGUUCCUUGGCCAAGGUAAUAAUGAUUCUAUAAGGAACAAUGGACGCGGUAACUAUAACAGCAGCGGUAUGAAUGGAGGUUCGAGAGGAAGAGGAUUUGGCAGAGGAAGGGGAUUUGGCAGAGGCGCAUAUAACAAUCGAGGUAGUCGUGGUGGACGUGGAAGCAGCGGUAACUACUCCAACUACAAUAACAGAACAACAGACAUGCCUUUAUGA